CCGAGCUGAAACGAUUCACAGGGACGGAGCCGCAAAGGAGGAGGGCAAGACUCCCGCAUCAUCUCGCCCGCUCUUUCGCUCACCAGCACCGCGGUAUAACGAGAGCAUCUGCGUUUUGACCCUGUAACAGUUUUAACAUGUGUCGAUUCGCUGUUUUGUGAACAGUGCGCGUUCGUUGGAUGCGGGCGCGGGGAUAAGCAGAAGACGAUGAUUUUGUCGGGUCUCCUCUUCCCCGCGUUAUGGGGACUGACGCUCGGCGGAUCUCCAAGCGUCCAAAUCGGUGGCCUGUUCCCCAGAGGAGCAGAUCAAGAGUACAGCGCGUUUCGGAUCGGAAUGGUUCAGUUCGGCACGAGCGAAUUCCGCCUCACUCCUCACAUUGAUAACCUGGAGGUGGCUAACAGCUUCGCCAUUACAAAUUGCUUUUGCUCACAGUUUUCUAGAGGAGUGUAUGCCAUCUUUGGCUUCUACGAUAAGAAGUCAGUGAACACCAUCACGUCGUUCUGCGAGACGCUGCACGUGUCCUUCAUCACGCCCAGUUUUCCAGCUGAUGGACUUAACCAGUUUGUUCUGCAGAUGAGGCCUGAUAUCAAAGGGCCUCUCAUCAGUCUGGUGGAGUAUUACAAGUGGGAGAAGUUUGCCUAUCUGUACGACAGCGACAGAGGUCUGUCGACCCUCCAGGCCGUCUUGGACACAGCGGCAGAGAGGAAAUGGCAGGUAACAGCCAUAAACGUCGGAAACCUGAAGGAUGAGUGGAAGGACGAGGCAUAUCGCUCCCUCUUUCAGGACCUGGAGAACAAGAAAGAGAGGAGAGUCAUUUUAGACUGUGAACAGGACAAAGUCAAGGACAUUAUGGAGCAGGUGAUUACGAUCGGUCGACACGUGAAAGGAUAUCAUUACAUCAUUGCGAAUUUUGGCUUUGUGGAUGGAGAUUUGUCCAAGAUUCAGUAUGGAGGAGCGAAUGUAUCUGGAUUUCAGAUAGUGGACUUUGAUGACCCGCUUGUAGCUAAAUUUGACCAGCGCUGGGAGGCACUGGAGGAGAAGGAGUACCCUGGAGCAGACAGCAGAAUCAGGUACACUUCUGCUCUCACAUACGACGCUGUGCAAGUAAUGACCGAGGCAUUCCGCUUUCUGCAUAAACAAAGGAUUGAUAUCAGUCGCCGUGGCAACAACGGAGACUGCCUGGCCAAUCCUGCGGUGCCGUGGGCUCAGGGGGUGGAGAUAGAGCGUGCUCUCAAACAGGUGCGUGUGGAUGGAUUGACAGGAAAUAUUCAAUUCGAUCAGUAUGGCAGACGAGUGAAUUACACAGUCAAUGUCAUGGAGCUGAAAAACAGUGGCCCUGUGAAGAUUGGUUACUGGAAUGAGAUGGACAAAAUGGCCGUGACGAAAUCUGACCUUUUCCCCAACGAUACCAUGGGAAUGGAGAAUAAAACAGUUGUUGUGACAACAAUCCUGGAGGCACCGUAUGUAAUGCUGAAAAAGAAUGCAGAGUUAUUCACCGAUAAUGAAAGAUAUGAGGGAUACUGUGUGGACCUGGCCGCCGAGAUUGCAAAGCAUUGUGGGUUUAAGUAUCAGCUGAGGAUUGUGGCAGACGGAAAAUACGGCGCACGAGAUGCUGAGACCAAAAUCUGGAAUGGAAUGGUUGGAGAACUGGUUUACGGGAAAGCAGACAUAGCUGUAGCUCCUCUUACCAUCACUCUGGUUAGAGAGGAGGUGAUAGACUUCUCGAAACCUUUCAUGAGUCUGGGCAUAUCCAUUAUGAUCAAGAAACCACAGAAAUCCAAGCCGGGUGUCUUCUCUUUCCUGGACCCGUUGGCCUACGAGAUCUGGAUGUGCAUUGUAUUCGCCUACAUCGGAGUUAGCGUCGUGCUCUUCCUUGUUAGCCGCUUCAGCCCUUACGAGUGGCACACUGAGGAGUUUGAGGAUGGGCAGCUGGGCCCUAGCGAAUCUACGAACGAAUUUGGAAUCUUUAAUAGUCUGUGGUUUUCUCUGGGCGCUUUUAUGCAGCAGGGAUGCGAUAUUUCACCAAGGUCGUUGUCUGGCCGUAUAGUUGGUGGUGUGUGGUGGUUUUUCACCCUCAUCAUCAUCUCCUCCUACACGGCUAACUUGGCUGCCUUUCUCACUGUGGAGAGGAUGGUGUCACCUAUCGAGAGUGCUGAAGACCUGGCCAAGCAGACUGAGAUUGCAUAUGGGACAUUGGAUGCAGGCUCCACCAAAGAGUUCUUUAGGAGAUCUAAGAUUGCUCUCUUUGACAAGAUGUGGCAGUACAUGAAGAGUGCAGAGCCAUCUGUGUUUGUUAAAAACACGGUGGAAGGCGUUUUGCGUGUCCGAAAAUCCAAAGGCAAAUAUGCUUACCUUCUGGAGUCCACUAUGAACGAAUACAUCGAGCAACGCAAGCCCUGUGACACCAUGAAGGUCGGAGGGAACCUUGACUCUAAAGGCUACGGCAUCGCUACACCCAAGGGAUCUGCUUUAAGAAAUGCGGUAAACCUUGCAGUGCUAAAACUGAACGAGCAGGGGCUUCUGGAUAAAUUGAAAAACAAAUGGUGGUACGACAAAGGAGAGUGCGGCAGCGGAGGCGGGGAGUCAAAGGUCAGACCCGUGCUGGGGACUUAUGGAACGCCAGUAAACCUUGCAGUAUUGAAACUCAGUGAGCAAGGCAUCUUAGACAAGCUGAAAAACAAAUGGUGGUACGAUAAGGGAGAAUGUGGAGCCAAGGACUCUGGAAGUAAGGAGAAGACUAGCGCCCUCAGCCUGAGUAAUGUUGCGGGGGUCUUCUACAUCCUGGUGGGUGGCCUCGGGUUGGCCAUGCUGGUCGCUCUGGUGGAGUUCUGCUACAAGUCUCGCGCGGAGGCCAAACGCAUGAAGAUGACGUUCACAGAUGCUAUGCGCAGUAAGGCCAGGUUGUCUAUAACGGGCAGUACAGGAGAGAACGGGCGAGUGCUGACUCCAGACUUCUCUAAAGCCGUCCAUGCUGUGCCGUACCUGAGACCUGGCAUAGCAAUGCCUGUGAGUGUGAGCGAGCUGUCCUGAGUGCCUUACACACACACACACACACACACACACACACACACUGGUGCAAGCAUGCUGUACCCACUUUAAUACAUAUCCAAACAUGUGUACAUAUUCUUACACACACUGACACUAUAUAUACAGACAUAAUAAUAGUUAAUUAUUCCACCUACACACAGGAUGUCAGAUCCAUACAUGCAUAGACAUGUUAUCACAUAUGUUUACUGUUCAGUGCAAUCAUAUUUUGACCAGCGUUGAUGUAUACAACCACCAUCUGCAAAAAAAAAAAAAAAAAAAAAUGCUGA